CCUUCUUCCCCUACCCGUACCAGUGCCAUACAUAAUAUAUCAUUAUGCACUCGCUGUCAUACUCAUCACCUGCAGCUGCAACUGCAAUGCGGCGAGUCCUCCUGACAUCACCCACUUUCUCAAUCUCAUCCCACACUUUCUUCUUUCCCCUCUCUUCCUCAGUUUCGCACCCAACCCCUAUUUUUAGCAAAUUCAAAUUCCAGAAGCCCCAUUUCUUAGCUAUUCGGAAUUGCAGUUCCAUCAAAGUGAAGACGUCUUCUGAAAUCAGAAAGACCCGUGCUGAUUCCGAGCCUGACCCCAAGCUCACUGCUCUCCGACACCUUUUCUCCAAACCCGGAGUUGCCAUUGACGCUUACAUCAUCCCUUCUCAAGAUGCUCACCAGAGCGAGUUCAUUGCUGAAUGUUACACGAGGAGAGCCUACAUAUCAGGUUUUACUGGUAGUGCUGGAACUGCUGUUGUUACUAAGGACAAAGCUGCUCUUUGGACAGAUGGCCGAUAUUUUCUCCAGGCGGAGAAGCAACUGAACUCCAGUUGGAUUCUCAUGCGAGCUGGAAAUCCAGGAGUUCCUACUACUGGUGAAUGGCUCAAUGAUGUUUUGGCUCCAGGUGGUAGAGUUGGAAUUGAUCCUUUUCUUUUUACUUCGGAUGCUGCAGAAGAACUUAAGGAGGUCAUCUCUAAGAAAAACCAUGAGCUCGUUUACUUGUACAAUUCAAAUCUUGUCGAUGAAAUAUGGAAAGAAUCUAGGCCAAAGCCUUCAAAUAAGCCAGUUAGAGUGCAUGACCUAAAGUAUGCUGGUUUGGAUGUAGCAUCAAAAUUGUCAUCUUUGAGGUCAGAACUUACUGGUGCUGGUUCAUCUGCAAUUGUCAUCUCCAUGCUUGAUGAAAUUGCAUGGUUGUUGAACUUGAGAGGAAGUGAUAUUCCACAUUCACCUGUUGUGUAUGCAUACUUUAUUGUGGAGAUCGAUGGAGCAAAACUAUUUAUAGAUGAUUCAAAAGUUAGUGAAGAGGUGAGUGAUCACUUGAAGAAAGCAAGCAUAGAGUUCAGGCCAUACAAUUCAAUUAUAUCUGAAAUUGAAAGUUUGGCAGCACGAGGUGUUGCUCUUUGGUUGGAUACUUCAUCUGUUAAUGCUGCUAUUGUAAAUGCCUACAAAGCUGCCUGCCACAGAUAUAAUCAGAACCAUGCGAAAAAACACAAAACUAGGACCAAAGGUUUUGAUGGAUCCAUUGAGCACUCAGACGUACCCAUUGCUGUCCAUAAAGCCUCCCCUGUUUCUCUGGCAAAGGCCAUAAAAAAUGAAUUGGAGUUAGAAGGAAUGCAAAAUUGUCAUUUAAGGGAUGCUGCUGCCCUUGCUCAGUUUUGGGAUUGGCUAGAGACAGAAAUUACUAAGGAUAGGUUAUUAACAGAAGUAGAAGUUUCAAACAAACUUCUCGAGUUUCGCUCAAAACAAGCUGGUUUCUUGGAUACUAGCUUUGACACCAUAAGUGCUUCGGGUCCAAAUGGUGCUAUCAUACACUACAAACCAGAACCAGAGAGUUGUAGUAAUGUGGAUGCCAAUAAAUUAUUCUUAUUGGAUAGUGGUGCCCAAUAUGUUGAUGGCACAACUGACAUAACACGAACAGUUCAUUUCGGCAAGCCUACAGCAAGAGAGAAGGAAUGCUUUACCCGAGUUUUACAGGGCCAUAUAGCUCUUGAUCUGUCCGUAUUCCCACAAAAUACCCCUGGUUUUGUGCUGGAUGCAUUUGCCCGUUCCUUUCUUUGGAAGGUUGGACUUGACUACAGGCAUGGGACUGGGCAUGGUGUUGGAGCUGCAUUGAAUGUUCAUGAAGGCCCUCAAAGUAUUAGUUAUCGUUAUGGAAAUUUGACCCCUCUAGUGAACGGCAUGGUUGUUAGCAAUGAGCCUGGCUAUUAUGAAGACCAUGCCUUUGGUAUUCGGAUUGAGAAUCUCCUGUAUGUGAGAAAUGUUGAGACACCAAAUCGUUUUGGAGGAUUUGAAUACCUAGGAUUUGAAAAACUUACAUAUGUACCCAUUCAGAUUAAAUUGGUUGAUUUGUCUCUGCUAUCGGUUGCAGAGGUUGAUUGGCUUAACAACUACCACUCACUAGUCUGGGAAAAGAUUUCACCAUUGCUGGAUGGCUCUGCUCGCCAAUGGCUUUGGAACAACACUCGGCCUAUCAUACAUGACAGAAUUUAAUGAUUUUCAUGUUAAUGUGCUAUAGCACUUGAGCUUCACAUUCUUGCUUGUUGCCCCCUCGCUUGUUUUGUCUGUAUAGUUUAUGUGCUGAAUUCGUAUGGGAGAGGCGCUGUGAAUGAAAUACCAAUUAGUGACUACAGGAAUUUGAUCAUAGGAUUUGAGCUAGGCACGACAAUUGAGCAUAUAGCCAUUUGCCCCAUCAUAUAUACAUACUCGCCCAUACUGAUUGAUGUUUAUGUUGGGUCCUUAUUUAUGAUGUCUAGGAAACUUUUGGCAUUCAAUUUCAAUUGCUCUUGUUAGGGGGCAUGUACCUGCUCGAAUUUGGGCUUUUGAAUAGGAAAAAGUAUUAUUAUCAA